GAUAUUCGUUAGUUUUUCUCACUUUUUUAUUUCAUUAGUUGAAGUACUCUUCAGUAGGAAUCUUUUACGAGCUGUGAAUGAUGAAUUUUCUCGAAGAGGAAGUUGAAUUUUGGAGUUGAAUUCUUCAGAAUUAGUGUCUGUGUUUAAGUUUUUUCCGUUGAUUUUGUGAGAAUUAAUGUUCGAAUAAAAGUGUAAUUUUAUUGAAGUUUAUGAUCGGGAGUACGAAAUUCCUGAUCGACGGUUUAAUUUGAGAUUUUCUACUCGAAUUACUCUUUCGUUGAGGGUUCUUUUUGCGGAGUUUUUCUUAAAUCAGCAAUGCUGGAUUUCAUCUUCGUAACUGCUCUGUGAUUGCUGUGGAUAUCGUAGUUUUGCUGGGCGGAAUUUCCUGCACAAGUGAUCGGGUGAAAUCAUGGCGCAGAGUAAUUGGGAAGCAGAUAAGAUGCUUGAUGUUUACAUUCAUGACUACUUGUUGAAAAGAAAGCUGCAUAAUUCUGCAAAAGCUUUCAUGACGGAAGGGAAGGUUGCUACGGAUCCCGUAGCCAUUGAUGCACCUGGAGGGUUUCUAUUUGAAUGGUGGUCCGUGUUUUGGGACAUUUUCAUUGCACGGACAAAUGAGAAACAUUCUGAAGCAGCAGCAGCGUACAUAGAGACACAGCAGAUGAAAGCAAGGGAGCAUCAACAGCAGCUACAGAUGCAGCAAUUGCAACUCAUGCAACAGCGAAAUGCCCAGUUACAACGAAGGGAUCAAAAUCCCUCCCUUGGUGGUUCUAUAAGUGCUAUAAACUCUGAAGGCAUGAUGGGGCAACCAUCUGCUAGUGUUUUGGCCAUGAAAAUGUACGAGGAACAAAUGAAGCACCCUCACUCCUUGGACUCGGAGACAUCACCUCUUAUUGAUCCCAAUAGGAUGGCUUUUCUCAAAUCUGCAACUAAUCAUCAACGCCAGUUGGCACAAGGUAAUUCGGGGAGCAUGUCUGCAGCAUUGCAGCAAAUGCAAGGGCGCCCUCAGCUGGCAACGGAUAUUAAAACAGAAGUGAACUUGAGUUGUAAUCAGAAAUCUUUGCCCAUGGAUCCUUCAUCAAUUUAUGGCCAAGCAAUUCUACAGUCAAAGUCGGGACUUGGUGGUGCAGGUUUGAACCAAGGUGUUACUGGUCUACCAUUGAAGGGUUGGCCGUUAACUGGAAUUGACCAUUUGAGGCCGAGUAUGGGUUUGCAAGUACAGAAGCCCAAUAUACAGACCCAAAAUCAAUUUCUUUUGGCAUCACAACAACAGCAGGUUCUUGCACAAGGUAACCUGAAUUCCCCUAACUAUGGAUAUGGUGGAUCACAACAACAACAGGUUCUUUCACAAGCUCAAGCACAAGGUUAUGGUGGAUUACCAAGAGGUAACUUCAAUGCGAAAGAUGUUCAGCCACCAAGAAAUGAUGGAUCCAUAUGCUCUCCAGUACAAUCAAAUUCACCAAAGAUGAAAAUGGCCCAAAUUCAGCAAUCCUCCUCUCAACAACAGGACCAGAUGCAGCAACAGCAGCAACUGCCACAGAACGGCAGAAAAAGGAAGCAACAUUCGUCAUCUGGACCUGCCAAUAGUACUGGCACUGGAAAUACUGUUGGCCCUUCACCAAGCUCACCAGCAUCAACUCAUACACCUGGUGAUGGGAUGACUAGUGCUAGCAGCCUUCAGCAUGUCAGCAGUGUGUCAAAAAGCAUGAUGAUGUACGGAGGAGACGGAACUGGUGGUAUUGCAUCCUCUACAAAUCAGCUGGAUGACUUGGAGACAUUUGGAGACAUUGGUUCCCUGGAAGAUAAUGUGGAGUCAUUUUUGUCACAUGAUGGAGGAGAUGGAAAUAUCUAUGGCACACUGAAGCAAACUCUUACUGAGCACAAACCUGAGUCUUCCAAAGGAUUCUCCUUUGGCGAAGUUGGUUGUAUACGCACAAGGAAUAAAGUUACUUGCUGUCAUUUCUCGUCAGAUGGGAAGUUGCUCGCUAGUGCCGGACAUGACAAGAAGGCUGUUCUGUGGAACAUGGAUACCUUGCAAAAGGAGACCACCCCUGAAGAACAUCAAUACUUGAUUACAGAUGUCCGGUUCAGGCCUAAUUCAACUCAGCUUGCAACUGCUUCAUUUGACAAGUCUGUGAGAUUGUGGGACGCUGCUAAUCCUAGCUACUGUUUGAAUUCAUAUACGGGGCAUACUUCUCAUGUUAUGUCGCUGGAUUUCCACCCGAAAAAGAAUGAUCUGUUCUGUUUCUGUGACAGCAACAAUGAGAUUCGCUACUGGAGUAUUAGUCCAUUCUCAUGUACACGGGUGUCAAAGCAAGGAGGCAGUGCACAAGUGAGAUUCCAGCCCAUAACUGGUCAUCUUCUGGCUGCCGCAUCAGAUAAGGUGGUUUCAAUCUUUGACGUUGAAAAUGACAGGCAACUACAGUCUUUCCAGGGACAUUCUGGAGUGGUGAACUACCUUUGUUGGGAUCUCAAUGGUGAUCUACUGGCAUCAGUAAGUGAGGAGUCCGUUAAAGUUUGGUCAUUGACCACCGGUGAUUGCAUCCAUGAGCUAAGUACCAAUGAGAAUCAGUUCCACUCUUGUGUCUUUCAUCCUAGCUAUUCAGCUUUAUUGGUGAUUGGAGGAAUGAGGUCUUUGGAGCUGUGGAACAUGGUUGAGAAUAAAAGCAUGACAAUUCCAGCCCAUGAUAACAUUAUCGCUGCUCUAGCACAGUCACCGGUGACUGGAAUGGUCGCUUCCGCAAGUCAUGACAGUUCUGUGAAGUUAUGGAAAUAAACAAGGAGUCGCUGCAACGUCACCAUAAGAGCGGUGGACAUUUACUUCUGCUCCAGGUGCUUAGGGAAAAAGUCCGGGUUGAUGUUGUAGUCUGUAUUGUUUAAAGAAAUCUCCAUUUUUCUGUUUGUUAGUCACAUUAGAGUUAUGGUUUGCUUAAAGCAAGUUGAGCACACUGAGCAAAUGGUUCGGGUAGUACUAGGGGAAGCAUAACAACUUCUGCGACUGUUCUUGGUGAUUAACAACAACUAAUAACAUGAUAAAAAUUUCAGCUUA